CUGUCCUUCACCUUAAAGUUCCCCAGAAAAAGGGACAAACCCCACAGUGCCUGGUCAGGCGGUGGCGGUUCGGUGUGCCUCCAGAGCCUUGGCGGGUCUUUGUCUCCCCUCCCCCAGGGAAGCCAGGAGGUAGCUGGGGGCGGGGCUGCUCCGGCCUCUUCCCCAGAGUCAGGUAGGAGCACACUGGGGGAGAAGCAGCCCUCUGGAGCCUGUCAGGGGGCAGCAGGGCUGCCCGCGCCCACAUGCCAGGGAAGGAGCGGCGAUCUCGGGCCCUGAGGAAAUGCCAGCCCGCUCUCCCCGCCCCCACCUGAUUCCCCCCCCCAUUCCCCAGUAACCCGCCCUUCAGCCUCCCCCAAUCCUGCCAGUGCAGCUUCUGAAUGGAAGGAAGCCGACGAUGACGUCAGAGGGGGCGUGGCGUCUUCCCAGCCUGUCCAAGGCCUUUCCCAGCCUGAGGGUCCCUUUUCCCCCAUGAGGCCGGGAACCCCAGGAAGCCCUCCUGAGCCCUCCCCCUCUGUCCCCCCAGGCGCACACCCAGGACGUCUCCCCCCUUGGGGCUGCCACCCCCUGAAGCACCCCAGGGUGGCCCCGCAGAGAGCCCGCAGCCAGAGCAAUGGCCCCCGGGACCACGAGGCCCCCCUCCCAGGGAUCAAUAACAAUCAAGGAUGUAACUGUGGACUUCACGCAGGAAGAAUGGGUCCUGUUGGACCAUUCUCAGCAAGAGCUGUACCUGGAGGUCAUGCUGGAGAAUGUGCAGAAUCUACUCUCUGUGGGGCUUCUAGUUCCUAGAGAAAAUGUUAUCUCCUGUUUUCAGCAAGGGGAAGAACCAUGUCUGCUAGAGCAAGGUUGUCCAAGGAGCUCCUGUCCAGAGGCAAAGAUUUAUUUUGAAGUGAAGGAGAUGUUUGAAAAAUUGAGCCAUUGUGUUGAAGUAUGUGGUCCUCAAAGAUUCAUGACUGAGGUUCCCUGCGACUUCAUUUUGAGAGAAAUCUGUGACUCUAAUAUGAAAGUAAAUAAAAAUCCAAAGAGUGACUGUGAAUUUGAUGAAACUGCAGAGAAAUUCAGCCGAUAUUCAGUGCCAAAUCAAUAUACAAAAUUGACCUCGGAGGAUGAGUGUUCUCAGGAUAGUAAAUCCAGCAAAUGCUUUCCUGAAGAAGGUCUUAUUCAGUCCUCUGGAAAAUCUCCUGAAAUGCCCAUGUAUAAAGGCAACCUAGGGAGAAUGGGCUUUGGCUGGCAUUUAGAACUCAUUAAACAUCCAAAAAGUAAAUAUGUAAAGAUGGUUUGUGUGAGUAAUAAAGGUAGGAGACCUCCCAGUCAGAACUCUGAGAGUGCUGUACAUCAAAUAAUCCACUGUGGAGAGAAACCUUAUGAAUGUAAGCAAUGUGGAAAGAUUUUUACUGAGAGGGAUCAUCUUGCUUCUCAUCAGAGAAUCCACAGUGUAGAAAAACCUGAGGAAUGUAAAAAAUGUGGAAACUCUUUCACAGAGAUGGGCUCUCUUAUAGAACAUCAGAGAAUCCACACUAGAGAAAAACCCCAUGAAUGUAAAGAUGGUGGAAAGACUUUCAGACAGAGGAACAGUCUUGUUGCAUGUCAGAGUUUCCAUGCUAGAGAAAAAUCUUAUAAAUGUAAACACUGUGGAAAGACAUUAACAGAGAGAAGCUCUCUCAUUGCACAUCAUAGAAUCCACACUGGAGAAAAACCAUAUAAAUGUAAUCACUGUGGAAAGGCUUUCAGAUGGAGGAACUAUCUUGCUACACAUCAGAGAAUUCACACUGGAGAGAAAUCUUAUGAAUGUAAACAGUGUGGAAAGGCUUUCACACAGAAGGACUCUCUUACUAAACAUCAGAGAAUCCACACUGGAGAGAAACCUUAUGAAUGUAAUCACUGUGGAAAAGCUUUCACAACUAGUUCCACUCUUGUUAAACAUCAGAGUAUCCACACUGGAGAGAAACCUUAUGAGUGUAUACAGUGUGGAAAAGCUUUCGUAGAUAUUUCCCAUCUUGUUAGGCAUCAGAGAAUUCACACUAGAGAGAAACCCUAUGAAUGUUUUGACUGUGGUAAACCUUUUACCAACAGUUCUCAUCUUGUUGAACAUCAGAGAAUCCACACUGGAGAAAAACCCCAUGAAGGUAAAGAUGGUGGAAAGUCUUUCAGAAAGAAGAACAGUCUUGUUGCACAUCAGAGAUUGCAUGCUGGAAAGAAACCUUAUGAAUGUAAACACUGUGGAAAGACUUUAUCACAGAAGAGCUCUCUUGUUGCGCAUCAGAGAAUCCACACUGGAGAGAAACCUUAUGAAUGUAAACAGUGUGGAAAGGCUUUCACACAUGGGAACUCUUUUGCUAAACAUCAGAGAAUCCACACUGGAGAGAAACCUUAUGAAUGUAAACAGUGUGAAAAAGCUUUCAAAGAUAGUUCCCAGCUCGUUAGACAUCAGAGAAUCCACAGUGGAGAGAAACCUUAUGAAUGUAAACACUGUGGAAAGACUCUCACAGACAGGAGCUCUCUUGUUGCGCAUCAGAGAAUCCACACUGGAGAGAAACCUUAUGAAUGUGAACAAUGUGGAAAAGCUUUCACACAUAGGGACUCUUUUACUAAACAUCAGAGAAUCCACACUGGAGAAAAACCUUAUGAAUGUAAACACUGUGGAAAGACUUUUACGGAGAGACGCUCUCUUAUUGCACAUCAGAGAAUCCACACGGGUGAAAAACCAUAUAAAUGUAAUCACUGUGGAAAAGCUUUCAGACAAAGGAUCCAUCUUGCUACACAUCAGAGGAUCCACACUGGAGAGAAACCUUAUGAAUGUAAACACUGUGGAAAGACUUUCACAUAUAGGAACUCUUUUACUAAACAUCAGAGAAUCCACACUGGAGAGAAACCUUAUGAAUGUAAACAGUGUGGAAAAGCUUUCAGAGAUAGUUCCCAUCUCGUUAGACAUCAGAGAAUCCACACUGGAGAGAAAACUUAUGAAUGUAAACACUGUGGAAAGACUUUAACAUCGAGUCGCUCUCUUGUUGCACAUCAGAGAAUCCACACUGGUGAAAAACCAUAUAAAUGUAAUCACUGUGGAAAAGCUUUCAGACGAAAGAACAAUUUUACUAGACAUCAGAGAAUCCACAGUGGAGAGAAACCUUAUGAAUGUAAACAGUGUGGAAAGACUCUCACAGAGAAGCACUCUCUUCUUGAGCACCAGAGAAUCCACACAGGAGUGAAACCUUAUGAAUGUGAACAAUGUGGAAAAGCUUUCACACAUAGGGACUCUUUUACUAAACAUCAGAGAAUCCACACUGGAGAGAAAACUUAUGAAUGUAAACACUGUGGAAAGGCUUUUACAUCGAAGCGCACUAUCGUUGCACAUCAGAGAAUCCACACUGGCGAAAAACCAUAUGAAUGUAAUCACUGUGGAAAAGCUUUCAGACAAAGGAUCCAUCUUGCUAUACAUCAGAGAAUCCACACUGGAGAGAAACCUUAUGAAUGUAAACAGUGUGGAAAGGCUUUCUCACAUAGGAACUCUUUUACUAAACAUCAGAGAAUCCACACUGGAGAGAAACCUUAUGAAUGUAAACAGUGUGGAAAAGCUUUUACAGAUAAUUUCCAGCUCGGUAGACAUCAGAAAAUCCACACUAGAGAAAAACCUUAAGAAUGUAAACAGUGUGGAAAGACUCGCACAGACAGGCACUCUCUUGUUGCGCAUCAGAGAAACCACACUUGAGAGAAACCUCAUGAAUGUAAACAAUGUGGAAAGGCUUUCACACAUAGGAACUCUUUUUCUAAACAUCAGAGAAUCCACACAGGAGAGAAACCUUAAGAAUGUAAACAGUGUGGAAAGACAUUAACAGAGAGGCGCUCUCUUGUUGCACAGCAGAGAAUCCACAUUGGAGAGAAUCCUUAUUUAUGUAAACAGUGUGGAAAGACUUUAACAGAGAGGCUCUCUCUUGCUCAACAUCAGAGGAUUCACACUGGAGAGAAACAUUUUUGUGUGGAUUGAAAAAUUAGUGCUAUUCUCAAGAUAAUAGUUAUUAAUAAUUAAGUUAGUAAACCUGGUCUCCACUCUUUCUCCGCCUCCCCCAUCAAGCUCCCAUCAAGACAAGAUUACCCCACCCUCCAUCUUUCUCCCCGUAGGACAAAACUUUACAGCCUUUAAAUAAAUGGCCUUUUCUUAGACUCUCAUAUACUGUGAAUCUUAAAAUUUACUCAGACUGUACUUUAGAAGUUUUGGUUAAGCUAUCCCCCUCUUGUAACAAUGGAGAUACUUAAUCAGGAAUAUAUUGGGAACUUUUAAAAUUACUGCACCCUACUCAGACAGUGCCUUAGGGGAAAAUAGAGUUGUAAACUCCUAAUUGAACAAUGAAAGUCCCCAACUCAUACCUUAUACUAAAGCUGAAACCUUAAGCUAGGUGGUCUAUUUUUAGAUCUAAUACAAAAAGGUGUUAAGUACUGUAAAGGUUAAAUUAAUCAUAAAAAGGGCAAGUAACUUACAAAAGUCAAGCUUAACACAGAGGUGUGAAGUACUCAGAAGAUUUUAUCUAACCAGAGAAGAUGAAAACUAAAGAGUGGUGAAAACUAAGAAUGGGCAGUCCUGGGGGGGGGGGGGAAGUGUCUAUUGUCAUUAGUAGAGUUGAAAAUUUAAGGGAGGUGACAUAAGAGAAAAUUUCUUUCAAAGGAGAAGUCAGUUCAGGUAAUUCAGUUUUGCAUUGGAAUUCAGUUCGUGAUUGAGUGAGAUAUUCUGAACUCAGUUCAGGAGAUUCUGUGGAGGACUGUAGCUUACUUGGAGACAAUCCUGUGUUUAGUGAUAAAGACUGACUCUCUCUCCCUUAGGCUCAGGCCUUGGCUCCCUUUUUCUACUGCUUGGCUCAGCUUGAACCAGAACAAUUUGAAUUAAUUCUCUCAUUGUCUCUCUCUUUCUCUCUCUCUCUCUCUCUCUCUCUCCCUUCCCCCCCCCCAAUAGUAGUUAAAGGGAUUGUUCUUUGACAUUUUCUAAAUCCCCACAAAUUCUCCUAUUUACAUUUUGAAUGUAUAGAAUGUUGAAAGGAUUUUCCAUGAAAGGUAUCUCUUCCUGCACAUCAGAUCAUCCACAUUGUAGAGAAACUUUAUAACUGUCAUUAAUUUGGAUAGGCUUACCCAUAAAGCUCCACAGUUGCUUCAUGUCAGAAAAUCUUUCCUGGAGAGAGACCUCAUGAGUGAGACUGAUCUUCAAGUUGGCACUCUUAGCUUUUUUGACAUAAGAGGAUCCACACUAGAGAGAGCCUUUAGAAAUAUCAUGAAUAUGGAAAGGCCUUCGGACUGAUCAUCUCUUAUUCCCAUUGAGAAUUCCCUUUGAGUUGGAUAGAAAUCUUAUUUCUGUCAUGAAUGAAGAAAGACAUUGAAUUGGAGAGUUCAGACCUUGUUCAGAGAAAAUGUCUUCUGCCCAGAUCAGUUCCAGAUGGAUAUCCUGUAGGAAGGCUUUUAGCCAGAGAUCAUAUCUCUUAUAUCAUAUCAGAAGAUUCAUAGUACACAAAAACCUCAUGAAUAUACUGAAGUUUUAUGUUUUCCUCAGGAGGAGAGUGAUGGUGAUUAUUAAGGCAAAUGUUAAUUAUAAUAAGUCUGAGGGAUCACCCCAUAUCUAUUAGUUUGGGUAUUUUAGCAGAAAAGGAAAGUAACAAAAGUUGGAGAUGUGGGAAAACUGAGAUACUAAUGGAAUAUUGGAGGACUGGUGAACUGAUUCAACCCUUUUGUAGGGAGUAGUUUGGAACUAAGUUAAAUGGGCAUUAAGAAAUAAAAAGAAGAGGACAUAUAUACAUAUGUAUUUUAAAGAAGCACUCAAAGCUGCUCUUUUUGUGGUGAUGAUAGAAUUGAAAAGUAAGAGGGAGAUCAUCAGUUGGGAAUGACUGAGUAAAUGGUGGAAUGUGAUUGUGAUUGAAUACCAAUGUUUUAUAAUUAAUGAGGACAAGGAGGAGCUCAGAAAAACCUGGAAAGAUUUGAGAAAUGAUGCAGACUGAAUUUUGUGAUACCAUGAGAACAUUGCACAUUGGAAUAAUUGGAACAAAAUUAUUGUGAAUUGAGAUAUUCUUAACAAUACAAUGAUCACAAAUAAUUCCAAAGGACUCAUAAAAUUUCACCUCAUGGAGAAGAGUUGUAUCAUCAGUACUGACCAAUAUUCUUUCUGGAAUGAAGGUGUGUAAAGGGAAUGAUUACAGGAAAGGCUUCCCCUUGAGUUCAUACUUGACUAUACAUAGCUGGAGAUAAGCAUCAAUGUCCCUAGGGAAGGCACAAACUCAUAGACUAUCCCACAGAGGAGCAAAAAUUACUAAUGGUUAUUCUUCCUCACUAUUUGGGGGGGGGGCAUUUAUCUAUUACAGUUAUUUUAGCCAUUCCCUUGUUAAUUGGCACUUACUUUUUUUCCUUUUUCCCUUCUGUCACAUAUAGAUCUUUACCAAAGAAAUAAAAUAAGUGCAUAGGGAAGUUGUGGAAGGGUUGGGAACCUGGUCCCCACUGUUCAGUCCCUUCUCUCCAAGGACUCAGGCUCAUGAUGCAGUUGGUUGAUUUCUGGGUCUGAGCAGAAGUCCAACCCUUCCGAUGAAGUAAUAUAAGGGUUAAAGUAGGAGUUUUGACAAAAUAAAGGAGCAGCUUUUAAUAACAAGUUUUAAUGAGAACAUAGUAGAGUUAUAAGCUCAUUAUCCCUUUAAGCCAGAGAAAGAAAACUUCUAGUAGAUUUUAACAAUUAAUAAUGUAGUUUAAUUAAAAUAUAGACUGUAAAAGAAUAGAGUAGAAUGAAUAUAGUAAAGGAGAGAAAUACAGAAAAGUGGGAGAGAAAGAAAAUUUUCUAAUGUCUAUACUAGUUAUCCUAUAAGUACCUAUAAUUACUACCUAAAACUACCUAUAUCUACCUAUAACUGCCACUAAUAACCACCACACAAAGUCCCAACCCAAUCAGUGUUUAAUCCAAUGCCAAUUAGAUCUGUAAAGAAGGCUGGUCACCUCCCAACCCAGAAAAGGUCAAAAGGCCUUCUCAGGAAGUUCAGGUCCACCUUUAUAUUCCAUCAACUAAAAGCCAACCACCAAUCUAGCUCACUUUCAGCAGUCAAUUUCUCAGCAAUUGCCAGCCCUAACUGUUAGCAAUCCUUUUAUCUCCUUUUCCUACCUCCCUUCCUGUCUCAAUGGUUUCUACUUCCUUUCACUAUGGGCUGAUUAAUCCCUACAUAUGUAUUGUCUGCAGACCCCCAGGUCUCCCAUUAAAUAAAAAAGUAAUUUUUUUGCAGGAAUAAUGAAGGAUUUGAGGUGUCCAAAUCCACCUUGUCUCUGGAAAUAUGAACUAAUGAUUACUUAGGGGACAUCCUCAGAGGAAGCUGGAGCUUCUAGGCCUCUAUCCUACUUCCGCUUCAGAGCAGACGGGUAUUUUUAUCAUGUAGGUGAGGUUGAAUUGGGGCUCUUGGCCCACCUAGACACGUGCUUUCUUAUUUUGUAUUUUCUUUAUAUUUUAAUUCUCAAUAAACCUCUAAAAAUAUAAAACCUCUACCAGAAAGAAACUAAUUUCUACCUGCCUCAGUUUCCCCAAAUUUUAACUAUUACAGUUGUCCACAUGAGGUAGAAGCAUUGUUGCUAUGAUAGAGAACACAGGCAUUUUCUGAUCAACGAAUUACAAGGUAUGAAAUAACCUUGCUAAACAAUGAAAAUUUUACUCUAAAAUGCUGUACAACCCUUAAUCCUGCCACCUUGCUUCCAGAUUUGCCAACUUCAGGAGAACCAUUAAACAGUUGUGAAACACUAGUGUCCAUGGCAGAAAAGCCUCUGGAUGAUCUCUUGGACACUCCCUUAAAAAACUCAGACCUUAUCUUAUUUACUGAUGGUUCUUCUUUCAGGAGGGAUGGCAUAUGAUACAGUGGAGCUGCUGUAGUCACAGAAUUUGCCACUGAGUGGUCAUCUUCGCUGCCCUCUAACAUUAGUGCUCAAGGGGAGGAACUCAUACCUCUCAAACAUGCCUGUAUAAUUGCCAAGGGUAAAAAGGCAACAAUUUAUACAGAUUCUAAAUAUGCUUUUCCCAUUUGUCACUCAGUUGGAAUGCUAUGGCUCCAGAGAGGAUUUUUAACCUCAGCUGGAAAAUCUAUAGCUAAUGGAGUAAUUAUUAAUGAAGUCCUUUCUGCUCUUCAGGUGCCUGAAGCCCUAGCUGUAGUUCAUUGCUCUUCCCAUACAGGUGGCACUGAUCCUGUGUCUAUGGAAAAUUACCGAGCAGAUGCUACUGCAAAGCUAGCAGCCAUAGAAGGGCCUGAAUUACUUUUAACAUUAACAACCACUGAUGACUUAAAUUUACCACUUUCGUAUAAUGAAAAGGAAGUGGAAAAAUGGAAACAAAAAUUCAAAGCAAAACAGGUCAAUGGAGUAUGAGUGUCACCUGAAGGAAAACCCCUGCUCCCUAGAAGUUUCUAUCACUAAAUUUGCCAAUCUGUUCAUAAUAAUGGCCACUUUGGUGCCCAGGGCAUCGUGGACUCUGUUAGAAGAGUAUGGAUAGCCCCCGGUAUAACUACCACAGCCUCUAAAGUUUGUUCAGCUUGCUCUACCUGCAAGGCAUAUAAGCAACAUGCCUUUUGUGGAAAAGUCUUUGGUGGGCUCCCUCUGGAUUACACACCUUUUGAGCACCUGUCCAUGCCAAAGGCUGGACAAUAUAAAUUUUGUCUGUUCAUAGUAAACCAACUGACCAGAUGGCCGGAAGCAUUUCCUGCGACCCAAGCCACAGCGGCUUUUGUUGCUAAGGUGCUUUUUAAAGAAAUUAUUCCUUGCUUUGGCCCGCCAGCACAUAUUGAUUCCGAUAGGGGAAGUUGUUUUACUGAUUCUGUUUUAAAUCAGAUAUAUUCUUUCUUGGGGAUAACUCCCAAAUUCCAUGUUCCAUAUCAUCCCCAGAGUUCAGGCUAAGUUGAGAGGAUGAACAAAGAACUUAAAACUAUGAUUGGGAAAUUAUGCACUGAGACCUAUUUAAAAUGGCCUGAAAUUCUCCCUCUGGGCCUAUUUUAUCUUAGAAGCAGGCCUAGAGGAGACCUACACAUCUUACCAUUUGAAAUGCUUUUUGGACAUCCACCUAUACAGGCUAAGCCUUUCUCCCCAGCAUAUACAUCACUAUUAGUGGGAGAUACUACUAUUGCUUCCUAUAUACAGGAAUUACAGCACAAACUGUGAACUCCAUGAAUCCAGAGCUGCAGGACAAGCUGGAUCACUAGACUUCUCACUUCAUUACCUGAACCCAGGAGACAAUGUGUAUAUAAAGAACUUCCAGCAUAGAGGAGCAACUCAGCCUUCCUGGGAAGGACCAUUCCAAAUAUUGUUAACUACUCCAACAUCUAUAAAGGUUGGAGAAAAGGACUCUUGGAUUCAUUGCUCACAUGUAAAGAGAGGAUCUUCUAUUGAGACUGAUUGACUGUAUCUUAUAUAUGCAUUGGAGAUAACUACCUAUUGACAAGUGGAACUGUUUUAUUUUAUUUCUAACACAUUGAAUUCCUGAAUUUAUUUUUUCUUUUUUCCUUUUUCUCUUUUCCUUAUUUUAUUAUUAUUUUUCUUUUAUUAAAAUGUUUUAUUUUUUUCCCUUUUCUCAUUUCUAUGUACUUAAGGUACAUACAUUCAAUAUUAAUUUUUAUUCUACAAUAAUAUUAGUUUAAAUAUAUAUACUUACUGUAUUAUUAAUACAUGUACCCAAACAGCUUUAGACUAUGGGAACCUGCCAUUUGUUGAUAAUUGUGGGACUAUGAUUAAUGUUUCUGUCUGAUUCCAGGACAAGAUGUACACAAAAGAACCAUUGCUUAGGGCCAACGAUAAGCCAAUCCAGAAUGGAUUGAUGCACUUUUAAGCCAAUACUAAGGAUUUGAACCUAGUGUGAAGAUUCGAGGUUACUGUGUUUAACAUUGUUAAACAUAGGCUUUCCUUUGUGUCCACACUUACUCUAAAAAUACUCACAGGCGAGUAUCCCCAAACCUUGGCUCCUAUAACCUGGUCCCUUUUCUGACUUUCAUAGUAUAAAUGCAUCAUUGCUUAGAUCAUUUUAAUUAGGCCCUGAUUCAAGGACCUGUUAGAGAUAUAUUUUUCCUUUACUUAGAAUUUUUACACAUAAGACUUUGAUAGUCUAUAUUUUAUCCAAUAUUUUCUUUUGUAUUUGGAUUUUUCUGAUAUCUUUUUAAUUUCUCUUCUCAAUUGAUUCAUAUACCUCUACCUCAGCCAUGCAUCCCUGAGUGGUCCUGUGUUUUUCAAUCACCCACAACAUGGGGAAAUGUAAAAAAAAAAAUCAUUAUUUUAAAUUGCAAAGUUUAAAUUCCUUUUAAGAAGAAUUUCAAGUAAAGUAAGAUGCUACCUCUCUGAAACCAGAAACUGAACUGUUAUAGAAGACACCAUGAAGAUACUUCCAGAUCACAAGCUGCACAAAAUAAAUCUAAAUUGAACUUUGGGUGUAGUUGAUUGAACAUUUAUUUGUAUGUAUACUUUCAUGCCAAAGGGGACUUCCCCCUAACUGGCUUUUUGUCAAUGCGUCCAGCAAUUAUUGGUUUUGUUCUUUUUUUUCUCUUAUCCUCAAAUUAUUGUAAUCUUUAAAUUGAUUAUGUUUUCAUGAUCCUUUGGGAAAAAAAAAACUAUUUUUUUUUUCAAAUGAUCACACAGGGCUAUGUAAAAAUGGAGAUUUGAACUCUGGACUCCAUUCCCUAGAAGUCCUUGCUCACUUUCCAAAAUGCCUUGUAACCUCACCUGGGCCGAGAGCGAGAUGGGGUAUUUAACUUGGUUGUAAAGGCUUCUGUGCCUCUCUUUCCUAGUUCCGCUUCGGACAAGACGGGUCUUUUCAUCAUGUAGGUGAGGUUGAAUUGGGCCUCUUGGCCCACCUAGACAUGUGCUUUCUUAUUUUGUAUUUUCUUUAUAUUUUAAUCUCCAAUAAACCUCUAAAAAUAUAAAACCUCUAACAGAGAGAAACUAAUUUCUACCUGCCUCAGUUUCCCCAAAUUUUAACUAUUACACAAAUGACCCAACAACAAUAUAACAUAAGUGGAAUUCCUCCAAGAAAUAGUAAGGGUGCUACUGCCCUUCCAUGUGGGGCAGAAGGUGGUGCCCCUUAGUCUCUAUUGAUUUUGUUGAUAUUAAUUAAUGCUUUUCAAUUUUGUCUUCCCUCUAAAUAGUAGCAUAGAAGAAGAAAUGGAUUUUUUAAUACAGUACCUCCGUUACUGAUUAUACCUUCUAUUGAUAAUGAAUAAUUGAUUAUAUUGAUUGUAUUUAAGUAUUGAUUAAAAGACUUCCCUAUUGAUGAAUCUAUACUAUUUUAUUGCACUUUGUGUCCUACAGUAUUUUUUUUCUUUCUCUCAUUUUUGUGUUUGAAGCACAUGUAAUUGUAUUGAAAAGAUUUUCUUUUAACUAUUAUUGAUUUGGGCAAUAACCUAAGAUAUCUAUUUUCUUAUAAUAAAAAUACAUGCCUCAAAAGCUUUA